GCCGAGGGAUGCAUAUGACCGGCCCUGGUUAGAUCGAGCUCGUAAAUCCGGAGUGAGAGGGAGAGGGCUUGGCACGUCUUCAGCUCCAAAAGCGGCUGUGUUGCCCAAAAUGGGGCAAUGUGUGGAUAAACUUCUGUCACCGUCUUGGCCCGAAGGGAACCUCGGUGAUUCCACCCAAGGAGAGGAUUACUAAUGGGUCCGUUGAUUCAUGUUUCCCCGGGUUCGGCUUUCCACCUGUGGCGAACACCCACUCAUCCUCCAAGAUGGGAGAAUAAUGGACGGAAAUGGGAUUCAGGACGAUGAAUACAGUAAGGGAAGAAAGAAAAAAAAAAGACAAGAAAGGAUUGGCUAAUUUCUAAUAGGAAAAGCGUGAUCACUCCCCCCCCCCGGCACAAGCCCAUGGCCUCGGGCUCAAAUGUUACUUGGGGACCCCCAAAACAUGAGGAUACUGUCACCCAGUGUCACUGUCACACUUCUGACAAACAAAAACAAAAGGAAACUCGAGUCUAAAUUCUGACUCUGAUUCCACCUUUUUAUACCCUUUCCCCCCAAUUCCCCCCAACUAGCCCGCAACACCUUCCCAACUUCCGAACAAAAAUGAAUCUUCGAAGAUCGUCUCUACUCUUUCGCUUCCGUUCGGCAGCUACCGCCACAGCGGGUGCAGGUAGAGCCCCAUUAUGCGGAGGGGUGUUGGGACGCCAACAGCUCAGGCACUCCUCUCACUCGCCCAUCUCGCCAAGAGCCGGACCCCCACGGAAAAAGGUUACAAUAAACACCCUUCGGGGUAUGCACGCCUCUAAAACGCCCAUCGCUAUGAUGACAGCCCACGAUUUCCCUUCCGGCCUUGUCGCUGAUGAGGGAGGUAUGGAUAUGAUUCUCGUUGGGGACUCGUUGGCAAUGGUAGCUUUGGGAAUGAAGGUAAUUAAUUGUUCACAGAUUAUCACUCGUGGUGUCAGAUGUGUUGCUUUUUUUCUUUCUUUCAACAGGAGCUGAUUGUGUGCAGGACACGAACCAGGUUAAACUAGACGUAACUACACGCUCAGCCCUUUGCUUCCCCUUGUAGAGCUACCGACAAAUAGCCCGUUAGGAUAUACUGCACCAUUGCCGCGCGGUCUCGAGGGGUGUUCGGUCCGCUUUUACUGUGGGUUUGCUCCAGGUUUACCUGUCCCUAGGGGGAUACAACGGUGGGGCUACGGGAGCUGACGGUAUAAAUAGAUUGGCGAUCUGCCAAUGGGCUCAUACGAGGUUUCUCCCGAGCACGCCAUUGCCUCUUCUAUCAGGAUGAUCCAGGAUGGCCGAGUAGAGGUGAAUUCCUCUCCAUCUUUCUACUGUUCUCUAAUGAAGUCUGCUGGGUUUUCAACACGCAUCUCAUUUUCAUUACCGGAGGGCGGUGCAGCGGAAAUACGUGGAGGACCACCCGCCAUUCCGUAUCCCAUCAAUGCUGCCCCACAUCCGAACCCUAGCCCCGAUCCGCUUCUUGCUGCUGUCCUUUUCUAACCCGAUCAACCCUCACUCCUACCUUCUGAUCUGACGUCUCCCAGGCCGUCAAACUCGAGGGCGGCACUGAAUUGGCCGCCACAAUAUCUAGGAUUACCUCCAUUGGCAUCCCCGUCCUUGGUCACAUAGGUCUCACCCCACAACGCUCGCACUCCCUCGGGGGCUUCACUGUGCAGGGCAAGACCGCUGCUAGCGCUUCGAAGCUUCUCACCGACGCCCUAGCACUUCAAGAGGCCGGCUGUUUUAGUCUUGUCUUGGAAGCAGUCCCUGCUCCCGUAGCUGAAUUGAUCACGGAGAAAUUGAAGAUUCCCACUAUCGGUAUCGGGGCGGGUAAUGGGUGCUCGGGUCAAGUGCUUGUACAGAUUGAUAUGUUGGGUAACUUUCCGGAGGGUAGAUUUAUGCCGAAGUUUGUGAAGCAGUAUGCGAACGUUUUCGAAGAGAGCAAGAGGGCUAUGAGGCAGUAUCGGGGUGAGUUUGCAUUCAUAUAUUCAGUGGAGGGUACAAACUGACGGGAAUGCCCCUUAUAGAGGACGUUAGGAGCAGGGCAUACCCUGCGAACGAACACACAUACCCCAUCUCGCCCGAAGAGCUCAAGGAGUUUGAGGAGAUUUUGAAGAAGAGAUGGGCCGAGUUUGAGGAUAGGUGACUUUCUCUCAUCUCGGAUUGUAUGAGAGGUUGACUAUACCCCCUCGUUUAUACUUGUAUCGACCUUUUUUCUUAGACCAAAGGCGUUGUCCGUGUUUGUACUCCUGAAACCUUAACGUUAAUCUACAGAGGGGUGGGCGUUUUUGAUUUUCGAUUAUUAUUAUUAUUAUUAUCUCGCAUGUCCUGUCUGAUUUUCUACUAUUGUUGGAGAUGAUUGGAUCGGACCGGACCGGUAUUGGGUGGGAAGCGUCUGCUCUGUCCCACAGUUGCAGUUAGCAUAUUGGCGGUUGCACGUUAGAAUGAUAGAAGGGGCGCUUAUGGUAUCAUACUGUACCAAGGUCUCAGUGAACUUUUUUAUUUUUCUACCUUCUAUAUUUAUAUUUAUAUUUAUUUAUUUAUUUAUUUGCAAUUG